AUGGGCCAAAGGCACCAGGCAUUCCUCAUCGCUCGCGUCAAGUCAAAGGCUCACGGGGAGACCCCCGCCGAAACCCGCUAUCGCUGCAUCGCCGCACUCCAUCACCAGUGGUGCUAUGGUCGCCUUCCUGUGAAAGCCGCUCGUCGGUUUCUCACCCUCGUCAAGCAAAAGGACAAUGCUCAAAUUAUCCUAGAAGAACUCCGAAAUUUCGAUAAUGCUACAUCCUCCAAGAUACCCUGCCCUUACAGCUUGUUCUUGCUGACGUCGGCCUGGACCGUCGAUCUUACACCCGGCGAGGAAUACAACUCAGGUGGUUCCAUUUUAUCCGCGGAAAUGGGCAGUUCGGAUGGUGACAACAACGAUGGCAUCACUAUUAUCGACGUGACUGAUCCUGAAAACGCUUCCUACUGCUUCCACGAGUCGGAAGAGGAUACCCCAAUCAACGCGGAAGGAUAUGUUCGAGCUUAUUAUCCCAAUCAUCAGGACACAUCCAAGGAGCCUCUAGAUACUCAGAAAAAAGAGGAACGUGAAAUAGAGCAAGACGUCCUCGCAACCAUUGCAUCGCUGGAUGACGCACCUUUGAUUACAAUCGACAAGCUGGCCGAGGCCUGGCCUUAUGAAUACCGGUCGACAAGAACUCCUCCAGAACAAGUCCAGCACGAAGUUCUGCAACUUGAAGCGCCUUCUUUAGCAGAUCUUUCCGUCGAGCCCGCCGUCAAUCAUGCCCUGGAAGUCGGCCAAAUUGAAACUCUCGAAGUAUUGUUUAAUAUACCAGGCAAGGCCGCCUUGAUCAAAGAUGCCCUUCAGAAGCAGAUCUCGCUGCCAGAUCAUGCUACUACUCUCGUCGCCAAGAUUAUCUCGCAGGAGGUUCAAAAGUCCAAGGAACUUGACCUCUCUCAUUGGGCCUUGACUUCCGAGCAAGUAGUUAAACUUGUCUCUGAGCAGAUGGGCGUGGAGAGUCUCUGCCUUUCUCAUAACCACCACGUCACCAAGACAACUGUUCUUGAAGUUUUGUCCGCUCAACCUACCAUUCGAAAACUUAAUCUUCUCGACACCGCAGUCACAAAUGCAGAUAUGGUCAAGUUGCUCUCCGAAAACCCAAAACUAUUUUACUCUCUUGAAGCAAUUAUUCAUCCAUCCUUUUUCCAAUGGCGGAGGAAAAAUAUCCAUCCCAUAGUCUUUUCCCAUACCACUUCUAUGAGCCAGCGCCCUGGUUCAAAAACGGUUUCCCUUCCAUAUUUUACUCCUGGUCAGGUUGUUCAAGCACUCACGGACUUGCUUCCGUCGGCUGAUGAUAGCAUGUUCUCCAACAUUUCGGAAGGAUAUGCGGUACAAGUUGCCUACGCCGCAUCAGUGAGGAAGGAAGGAUGCCGGUGGGCAGAGCGCACUGUCCCCAUUUGCCUCAACAACUCGAAACCUGCUCUGAACGAUGGUUGGAACUUUCUGUGGUUGUUACCGUCAGCCUUCAGCGAUAGGAGCACUGCCAAGCGUUAUGCCUUCGUUUUGGUUGGCAAGGGUAAUCAUAGUGAACCGGUCAAUGAUCCGACGGGCGCGGAUGCAGCGAGCCCAUCUUCAACCUAUGACAUUCACGAUCUCGAAUCUUUCAUUGACAUUCUAGUUUCUGAAGGCCGACCUGCUCCCUCCGCUACCGCGUUGGGCAAGUUGUCGGAAGCUUUCUUGGCCACCUCCACUUUGCUGACACAGCAGGAAGUGGAGAACCUCUUAAAAAUGUGGAAAGCUACCCCACAAUGGUUCUAG